AAAGAGGACUGAAGAGGAAAAAGCAAGAAAAAAGGAACAGAAAAGAGAAAGAGUAAAGGAGAGAGGGAACAAGGGAAGAGAGGAGGGCGGAGGAGGGGAAAGAGAGUGACUAACUGGACUGGUGAAUAGAGGAAGUGUGUGAAUAAAGGAAAGAGACAGAGUGACUCAGUUUGACUCUGUGUUAAAGGAAGUGUGUGUGUGAGUGUGUGUUUGUUGUGUGUGUGUGCGAGCCUGUGUGUGUGGGUGUGUGUGUGUAUGUGUGAACACAGAGAGACUCUCAGAGCUCCAUGUGGAUCAGUAAUGCCGGAAUGGAGAGAGACAGAAUCUCAGCACUGAAGAGGUCAUUCGAGGUUGAGAACGUGGACUCGUCUUCACAGUCUUCAUCUCCUCACAUGCGUCGCUCUCCUUCAUUUCAGCGCAGCUCCAUCUCUCCAUCCAUCAGCCGUCAUCAUGAGCUCGGUGCCAAUGGUGCUGUCAAACCCAAACCGCAGACUCCUGAGCCUGCAUCAUGCAAUCGUGCCGAGAUCAGCAUCGGCAUCAACGCCAAAGCCGUCGAUAACUCGCCCAGUGCUGGAAUCUCCCGCUUCAACCUGAGGAAGCCAGAUGGUUCAAGCCACAUCAAGACCCCAGAGACCCAAAAGCCCUCUGUCAUGUUCGGCAAAACCCUGGAAACCACAUCACCAAUUGUCAGGACGCCAUCUAAGGUGGGCUCAAGACAACCUCCUGAGACUCCUUUCAGGAAGAACGAACUGCCAGAGAUCAGCAUCAGCAAGCCACAUGAGGUCAAAAAUCAAGAGAACUAUCAACAUUCACCUGCGUUCACUAUGAGGUCCUCAUCGCCCAAUCACGCUGGACGGAAAUCUCCCAUCAGUGAUGCACACAGAUCACAAAGCAGCACCGGUUUCCAGGGCAACAUGGCAGACAAAGAAGUGGACAAGGGGGCGGAGCUUGGCUAUGUGGGCAUUGACGCCAUUUUGGAGCAGAUGAGGAGGAAAGCGAUGAAGCAGGGCUUCGAGCUCAACAUCAUGGUUGUGGGUCAGAGUGGUCUCGGCAAAUCCACGCUCAUUAACACUCUGUUCAAGUCCAAAGUGAGUCGCAGGUCUGUAAUGUCGAGUGACGAGGGGAGAAUUCCUCAAACCAUCGAGAUCAAAUCCAUCAGCCAUGACAUUGAAGAGAAAGGUGUGAGGAUGAAGCUGACUGUGAUCGACACACCAGGAUUCGGAGAUCAAAUCAACAACGAGGACUGCUGGAUGCCGAUCAUGAAGUUCAUUAACGAGCAGUACGAGGUGUUUCUGCAGGAGGAGAUCAAUAUCAGUAGGAAAAAGAAAAUUCCAGACACACGUGUGCACUGCUGCAUUUACUUCAUCCCACCGACAGGACACUGUUUGCGGCCAAUCGACAUCGAGUUCAUGAGGCAUCUGAGUAAAGUGGUGAACAUUGUUCCGGUGAUCGCCAAAGCUGACACGCUAACGCUGGAGGAGAGAGACUGCUUUAAAAAGAAGAUCAGGGACGAUCUAAGAGCCAAUGAGAUUGACGUUUACCCUCAGACGGAGUUUGAUGAGGAUGCAGAGGACAGACUAAUCAACGAAAAGAUCAGGGACAUGAUACCCUUUGCGGUGGUAGGUAGCGAUCAGGAGUACCAGGUGAAUGGAAAGAGACUGCUGGGAAGGAAAACAAGAUGGGGCACAGUAGAAGUGGAGAAUGUAGCACACUGUGAGUUUGCAUAUCUGAGGGAUUUGCUCAUCAGGACACACAUGCAGAAUCUGAAGGACAUCACCAGCAGUAUUCACUAUGAGGUGUAUCGCGUCCGCCGUCUCAAUGAGAGCAACACACACACCACACACUCCAACGGGGACGCAGACGGAGCGCUCUCACACGAGCUGUAGACGUCUGUCUGAUCCGUCUGUCUGAUCCGCCUGUCUGAUCUGCCCAUUCAUCGCUCCGUUCCAACAUGUGGACUGUAGAAAUGCUAAUACACGUCUGUGUUUUGUUAAAUAAAAUGUGUGUAUGUGUGUGUUUAGCAUUAUGCUUGCUGUUGUUUCCUUCUCAGAUUGAUGAUGUAAACUUCGAGCUGGAGUCGUUUAAAAAAAUAAAAAUGGCGUUAUGAUGUAACAAGGCUAACAGCCUGCUAAUGCUAAUGUUAGUGCUAGCACAUCCUGAUUAGCCAACUGCCAUCAGAAAUACAAACCCAUUCUUUGCUACCUCGCAGCUUGCUAGCUCUUUUUCUACCUGAGCUACAGUUCCGUUUGCAAACAAAACCAAUUCGCUUUGUACAUCUGAUAUUUAUAUAUAUAAACAUUAGUUGGGAUUUUUAUUGCAUCCAGAUGUGUAAUUUAUCUCAAACAGAAGUGCUGGUUAUUUGUGGAUAGAUUAGCGAGCUCGUCGUAGCAGCGUGAGUUAGUUUUCUAAUUACUGUUAGUUAGGAAGCUAGCGAUGGCUAAACUGACUAGGAUUAACCAAAACUCUAUAGAAACAGGCUAGCUCGUUAGCUGGACAUGGAUUCGUUAGCGGCUGAUGAAAGUGCGGCUUCAGUGUGUGUUAGCUGUUAGCUUCAUAAUGUCAUUUUUUGCACCCAAAGCAAGGUUUUCUUUCUAAGAGAAAAGCAGAAGGAGGUCGCCAUGGAAACGGUUUUCCAUUCAUUUCCGUUUCAUUUCAUUUUUGAAAAAAAAAAAAACAUAAAAACAAAAGCACCUGAUACAUGCUGACUGUUAGCGUGCUAGCUACAGGUCCUGCAUGUGUCCUGUCUGCUUCACACACAGCAUUUAAAUACUUCUGUUUAUUUCGUCUGGGAGACUUUGUGACGUUUGUGUGUGUGUGUGUGUGUGUGUGUGUGUGUGUGUGUGUGUGUGUGUGUGUGUGUGUGUAAAAAUCGUGUACAAUUGAGGAAUUAAGGGUAUAUUUUCUAAUUGCUGAAGUUGUUACACAUUUUUCAUUUGCCUUCAUGUCAUAGCUUUAAAGUCAGUGCUUGUUAGAAGAGAGAGAGAGAGUGUGUGUGUGUGUGUGUGUGUGUGUUUGUUUGUGUUUGUGUGUGUUUGUGCAUUGAUGUAAGCUAAAUAAAUGUCUCUGGGAUCCUGAA